AUGUGUGCCUACCACCAGCACAAUCAAAUGGUCUCGAGAUUCAUAUUGGGUGUUGAUUUCGGAAGUACUCAUGCGUGCGCGAGGGUUUACACCAUGGAUCUUAGAGUCAUUGGACGUAGCAGCAGUAAAGUAUCUCGGACUGAAGGGCCUGAUGGUGCCUGCGAGCUGGACCCUGAAGCUGUAUGGGAAUGCUUAUGCAAGCUACUGGAUAAUGUUAUACAAGAUGCCAAUAUUUCUCGUGAUCAAAUCAAAUGUAUGGGUAUCUCCGUCCAGCGAAAUAGUUUACUACUUUGGGAUAGGAAAACAUCAAAACCACGAACUCGCAUUAUCACAUGGCAAGAUACACGGGCUUUAGAUCUUGCUAAAAAGUGGAACAAUUCGUUUAUACUGCGCAGUAUGAAGGCUGGUGGUCAUCUUUUAUACUGGAUUACUCAUCGCUCAAGGUUCAAAGCAUUGGCAUCAUACCAUUUCAAGACAGCAUUAGCUUGUGUACGUCUUAAAUACUUACUAAAUGAAAGACCAAAGCUGUUAGAUGAAUGUCGCAGAGGUCUACUCUGUUAUGGUUGUUUGGAGACAUGGUUACUAUGGAAGCUAACGGGUGGUGAAACAUUUGCUACAGAUAUUAGUUGUGCAAGUGUCACUGGCAUGUAUGAUCCAUUCUCUCGUAAAUGGAGCCAUCCAAUUUUGACCAGUUUAGGAAUACCUCUCAAUAUUCUUCCCGACGUCUUUCCCUCCAGUUAUUAUUAUGGUACUAUCCGAUAUGGCCCACUUGGAAAUUCAUCAAAUCCGACAUUGUCUAUUCCAGUCACCGGUAUAAUUGGUGAUGCUCAGGCGGCUACCUUAACUGAGAAUUGUUUAACUCCUUGUCAAGCUAAGCUUACUAUGGGGACUGGGAGCUUUUUGAACUUAAAUUGUGGCUCUAAAGCUCUAGCUAUGAUUAAUGGCUUUUAUCCUGUGAUUGGAUGGGCAUCUGGUGAUGCAUACCUCGAUGAUUUUUCUCAUUGUGAAAUAAGUUCCACUAAGAGUUCCCCCUCAAUGUCGUUAUCAUCCCUACCAUCUACAUCAAAAGCUAUCCAAAUGAAUAACUUGACUUAUUUAAUUGAAAGUUUUCACCCACACACUGGUACUCUUGUUGAGUGGUUGCGGUCUCAAGAUGUAUUUCUGAAGUAUUCUGAGUUAGAAGAAAUGCUUUAUGAAGGCGAUCAACUUGGUUUAGAUGAAAGAGCAACUCUUGAAAAUGUAUAUUAUAUCCCGCUGCCUACUGAUUCGCUUAAACAACAACAAAGCAUAUCCUUAAACCGACAAUUCAAAUCAAAUAAGCUGUCAGUUAACGGACCAGAUGGCAUGAUAAUUGGUUUGGAUACUUCAAAGUCUAUUGACAAACGACUUGUCGCACGUGUUGUGCUUGAGUCAAUCGCUUUCACGACAAGAUUUAUGUUAGAAAAUUGUCGCAAACAAACAGGUCUCUCGCCAACUAUCCUCUAUGUUAAUGGGAAUGUCGCACGUUCAAAUUGGUUGUUGCAACGAUUGUCAAAUUUAAUCGGGAUUCCUGUUGAACGUAGUGGUGUUGAAGAGUCUAGUUGUGUAGGUGCAGCGAUUGCUGCAGGUGUUGGUGCAGGUGUAUGGUCAAGUUUUUCUGCAGCAACUAAACAAUUACACAAUCGUCUUCGACUAGAGUCAAAUAUCUCCCCGUCUGUUAGUACCAAUCAUGCACAAAGUGAUGACAUUGGUGACAAUCUGAAAAUAAAUCAUUCCAAUUUACGUAGAUGCUUCAUGCCACAAUCCUUCGAAAUAUGUAAGUUCAUAAACCGACGUUAUCAGAUUUGGUCGCAUAUACGUGCUUCAUUUCCACACAGACUACGUUCUAUCAGCAGUGCAUAA